CACAGCAGCUUUUAGAAGAAAUGGUCCCUCUUGAGCAGUAGAGGGAGGCAGUGGAAAUAUCUCAGUUUGACAAGAACCUCAGGCACGGAGAGCUCCAUGAAAAGGUCCUGAAGUUGGAGAAGGACCUGCUGCAAAUGAGGUCUGCUGUGGACAGCGGAAGCAAUGAUCAACCAACCGGGAAAAAAAGUGAUUCACAUAGCAGAUCAUUGAGAGAAGAAGAGAUUAAAAGACAGGAGAAGCAAAGGGUUGACACUGAGCUGUGCAGGCUGAGAGAGGCGCUGAAAGAGGCAGAGACAAGAGCGAAAACACAAGAAGAACAACGAAACCAGACCCUGCAGCAACUCCAGAUCUCAACUGAGACACAGAGGGCACUGUUGAGUCAAAUCGAGGAGAUGAAUCAGAGGCUCAGCCACACAGGGUCAAAUCCCUUCGAGGUGGAAGAGCAGCUGAGUGAAGCAAACAACAAAAUCAGCCAAGCAUGCCUGGAAAAAGCCAUCUUGUCAACUCAAGUGCUGAAGCUGGAGGAUGUUGUAAAACAGCUGCAGGCCAAACUGACAGGGGCUCUGUAUCAGAAGGAGAAAGCUGAGCUGCACCAGAGGGCCCAGGUCCUGGAGACGACCCAACCAGGUUCUGGGGUCUGUGAGAUCCAUGACCAAGUGGCUGCUGCAGAGUCUCACACUUACCAACAGGAUCAGGACACGGUUCUGAUGAAGGAAAAAUCAACAUCUCUCACAGAGACACAGAGGGCACUGUUGAGUCAAAUCGAGGAGAUGAAUCAGAGGCUCAGCCACACAGGGUCAAAUCCCUUCGAGGUGGAAGAGCAGCUGAGUGAAGCAAACAACAAAAUCAGCCAAGCAUGCCUGGAAAAAGCCAUCUUGUCAACUCAAGUGCUGAAGCUGGAGGAUGUUGUAAAACAGCUGCAGGCCAAACUGACAGGGGCUCUGUAUCAGAAGGAGAUAGCUGAGCUGCACCAGAGGGCCCAGGUCCUGGAGACGACCCAACCAGGUUCUGGGGUCUGUGAGAUCCAUGACCAAGUGGCUGCUGCAGAGUCUCACACUUACCAACAGGAUCAGGACACGGUUCUGAUGAAGGAAAAAUCAACAUCUCUCACAGAGAUGAAUGAAAAGCUGGCAUGUGAGCUAAAGAUGAUGGAGCAGCAGCUGGACACAUCACGGUCUCAGCUACAGGAGCUGACAGCAGAGAAGGGCGUCAACACCAAACUGAUCAAAGAUCUCGAGGCAGAGCGCUCCGAGCUGAUCAGACAAAAAGAGGAGCUGCUGAGUAAAAUGAAUGAAGGUGGACAUGAGAUGAAGGAAAAGUGCUGCCAGCUCAGGGAAUUUGUGGAGGUUUUGGAAUUAGAAAAGCAGAAGCUGCAGGAUCAGUGUCUGUGUUUGGAGGCUGACGUCCUCGAGAAUAAGGAGAAGUUACAGCUGCUGGAGGAGGAGACUCAGAAACGAGAUGCUGCGAGAGUCAAAAACAUCCAGGAUCUAAAAGCUGUGACUUCACACUGGACUGAGAAAUGGCAAAAGGUGGCCUUGACCCUGCAGUUCACACAAGAGGAGCUGGAGGAACUCAAGAAGAACAACUCCAGAAAUGAAAGGGAAUCUGUCACGCUGCUGAGGGUUGAGCUUGACGCAUGUAAACAGGAGCUGGAGCUGGAAAGGAGCAGGAGUCGGCUGCUGCUUCACAUCUAUAAAGAUGGUGGUGGUGAAGCCGUGCAGCCUCAGGACAAAGAAACGGUGACAGACUUAUCUGAAUCCUCUUUAUUACCGGAGCCACCAGCAGACUCCCACAGGAUCCAAAAGAAAUCCCCACAGGCCUCUGAAGACAGUCAAGAUGAUGAGGACCAAGCAAACGUCUCAACCGUUGACCCACUGCGGACUCAGCAAGAAGAGAGCAUGAGGAUGGCGAAUCAGCAGCAGGAGGAGAAAAUGUCGGCAAUCCAGAAGUUUCAAUCUCUAAAGCAGCUGUAUCCGGUUAAAGAUGAGAAGCCACCUGUGGGAGUCAGGAAGGAUGAAACUCUCUGUCCAGUCAAUCUGGAGACAGUCCAGCAGAACAGAAUGGUCACUGAGCAGUUAAAGAGUUUGUUCAAAGAGCGAGAAGGACAUGAGGCGGGAAAUGUUGACAACACAUCAGCAGCUGCUCAGACUGGGACCUUCCCACCUCAGGACUGGACUCCCACUCCAAAAGCUGUCAGGCCCGCAGUGGACAGGUGGAGCUGUCAGCAGAGUCCUGGUUUGAUGCCAGUGUUGGAGGAGGAUGAGGAGAGCAGUGACCUAGGAGGGGAGGAGGAAGGGUUGGCAGGAAAGGACCAGAUGUCAGCUGGGAGUGCAGAAACCAGCAAUCUGAAGGCAAACAAUGAGAAUCUGCUGCAAGUCAUAAGGCUCAGGCAGCCGAUCCAGGAUCUUCCCACUGCAGCAUCAGACACAUCUUCAGAUAGUGAAGAGCCCCACCUGGCUCACUGUUCAGAUGAGUGGGACCUGCAACCAAGGAGACCGUCCUUCUACCCUGAUGGAGUAUUCCUGGCUGAGCUUGUAGAUAUCUGCAGCCCUGAUGAAGAUGGAGUCUAGGGAUGGGAUGUUUCAGGAAAACGUUGCAUUGUGCAAUAAUUGGUUUACAUAUAUAUUAAUAUACUAACAGGUUAUUAUCUGGUGCUGUACCAGAAAGCCUUUGUACAUUUUAGCUACUAUUGUAUUUAGAAAUAACCUGUUUCGUUAGAUGAUGCUUUUUAAGAAAAUAAAUACUGUGAUGAUUUUGAAGUUAGUCUAACAGAAAGCUGCACUUGGUGAUGAAGCCACCAACCUCAGGUAAUGUGCUUUGUUUAUAUGAUAUAGUUU